ACACACACAACUCCAAACUCUCUAACCCUUCUUCACCUGACUGACUAUCAAUGGCCGCUCCCCUUUUCACACUCUCCCUUCUCCUUAUCCUGUGCACCCUAGCCACCGCUACUCCCCCGGGCCUCAUUCUCACCGUCGUCAACAACUGCCCCUUCACCAUUUGGCCCGCCAUUCAGCCUAACGCUGGCCACCCGGCCCUCGAGCGCGGUGGCUUCGCUCUGUCCACCCUCACCCACCGCUCCUUCCCCGCCCCCUCCGGCCACUGGGCCCGUACGGGCUGCAGUUACGCUCACGGCCGCUUCUCCUGCGCCACCGGAGACUGCGGUGGCCGUCUCGAGUGCGACGGCCACGGCGGUGCAGCCCCGGCAACCCUAGCCCAGUUCUCCCUCCACCACGGCCACGCCGACUUCUCCUCUUACGGCGUCAGUCUAGUCGACGGGUUCAACCUCCCGAUGACCGUGACGCCACACGAGGGGAAGGGGCAGUGCCCCGUGGUAGGUUGCCGGGCAGAUUUGCUGUCGACGUGUCCGCACGCGCUGCAGGUGAGAGGACCGCCGCAUGGGGCGGUUGUCGGGUGCAAGAGCGGCUGCGCGGCCUUCGGGACGGAUGAGCUCUGCUGCAGGAACCAUUACAACAGCCCGCAGACCUGCAGGGCGUCGAGCUACUCGGAGUUCUUCAAGCACGCUUGUCCGGCGACCUUCACUUACGCGCACGAUAGCCCGUCGCUCAUGCAUGAGUGCUCUGCGCCACGUGAGCUCAAAGUCAUUUUCUGCCACUAGAAGACAUAAUUGCUUUUGCGUGCAUGGGAUCUGAACUACUGUCUGAGUCGUCUGAACUUUACUCAUAUUUUAGUGUAAGGUUUAUGGAAAAGGAAAGAAAGUAGAUUAAGGGCGUGUUUGGCUGUACUUGCUUUUAUUUCGAAUGUAUCUGAUAAUCAAGUUUAUUUUGAAAAUGAACUGCCAGUAUAUUUGUCUGCCCCCAAAUAAAACUUUCUAGUUUGUAACAAUUUCGACCUUGUUUUUAAAAUAAAAGAUCUUUUAUCCCA